GAUGAGUUCCUGACGAAUCUCUCGUCAGUUAUAAGCCGCGCGGCUGUAGCUGAGGCUGUUGCGACCGACAAACAGUGAAGAAUGACGAGCGACGAUACCAAACGUCAGGGCCCUCCACCGUCCUCACCGUCUGUCACAGAUGAUGGCCAUGAGGACGGCAUUGCUUCUCAGCUGGCCGCAGCCAGACAGCAGGCGGCCGUCAUCAUCGAACAGGCCGACAGAAUCGAGAAAGAGAUCAGCGAGAGGGUCACAGCCCUGGGCGGCACUGCAGACGUCACGCAGCUGCCGGCAGACAGGAUGGACGACAAGCUCGACAUCAAUGUGAGUGGCGAGCGCCUUCGCCGUGUGAAGCGGUCGGCCCUCUGUGCGGUCAAGGGCACCGUGAUGGCCACCCUGUUCGACGGCCGCUUCGACAAGGCGUUCGUGCGUGACUCGGAGAAUCGCAUUUUCUUGCCCGUGUACCCACCUGUGUUCAGAAUGUAAGCAAUCAGAAGGGGAGAGAGGGACGGCACACGUCGUUGACUCAUCUGUUCUGCCGCUGUGUGUGCGCGUGUUUUGGUUUAUGUCAGGCUGGUUGAGCGGCUCCACUACUACGAGCGAUGGGGGGAGAUCGCGGCCAUCACGCUGCCCGUCUCGAAGAAAGCUGACCGGGCAUACAGGUGAAGAAGCACUGACACAAUGGAGAGCACAGAGGGGAGCGGCGCUUUACGUGGAUGUGUGUCGAUUUGUGUGCGUCAGCUUCUGGUUUGGGCGGCUGAUGCACAACCCGUCGACCAGGCGAGCCAAGGCCGGCGGUGCGGGGGACGGUGGCGUGAUGGACGACAUCGAUGACGAUAGCGGUGACGGUGUGGUGGAUAUGGGGAAGAACCUGCUGGCGACGUUGGAGCGACUUUCUCGCGAGAAGGCGGUCGAGAUGGCCCGUUUGGACGCCAUCAAGCCCAUGCUCAAGACGGGCGACGUAGAGGAUGAUCAGGUCCAACACACUGGAGGGGAGAUGGGUGAGGGGUAAUGGGGUGGUGUAUCCCGCCGUCGUCUGUGUGGUGGUGUGUUGUUUCAGUUGUUGUCGAUAGACGAAGAGUUCGGCGGUAGGGUGACUAUGACUCAAGCGGCGGCCAAGUCGCUGGGCGGCGACGACAGCACGUUCUACGCACGAUUCACCAAGUAGGCGCAAAAACCGAUGGGCGGUUGUGGCCAUCACCCCACUCAUCUGCACGCGUGUUGUCACCAAGGUAUGAUCCGUUGAGUCAGUGUGGGUUGGACGAUGUGCGUCGUGUGGUCGACAUCGUCGUGCGGGCCCACCAGCAGUGGAGGGACAUGACGGCGGCUGACGUUCUGCAGGCCAUGGGCGACACCCCCUUGUCCCUCUUCCGCUGGGCCCUCGACGUGUUCGGCCUCGAGGCUGAGCGCUUCUUCGGACCGGCCGACGGUCUCCUCACCGCACAGCACCUGCAAAACAUCAAAGCCUGGGGUGCGGACUGCAACGACUUCCCUAACAUCCCUUCAUACGUUAGCGAGCCAGUCGAGCGCCUAUACAAGUGAGCUGACACGUCAUGUCAACCCCCCUGUGGCGCACUAUUCUUUCUCCAUCUCUCUCUGUCUGUGUCUAUGUCUGUGUGUGUCAGGGCGACUGUAGAUGGUUGGCGUUUCGGAGAUCUCGUGAAGGCGGUCAAGGCCCACGAGCUGCUGCUGCCGAUUCUCCGUGUCAAGGGCACCAGCGAGCUCUUCGGCACCGUCAUCAAGGGCAAGAUUGACCUUACGGGGCCAAAGAAGAAGAUGCAGUGCGGCUUGGCCUACGACUUCAAGCUGACAGGCACUGACGCACACUCACACGUGGGCUGCAUCGGAGACGACGAGCGCAUCUAUCAUCUGGCGGGGCUGCAGGAGAAGCUGCACGUGACUGACCUCACCAACAUCCGUGCGCCCGACCUUCUGUACGUUCUUGGCACGGGCAACUUCGACAUUGGCAUCACGGCACCUGACGAGGAGGUCCCAGCAGCAGCGGCGGACGUGUCGCUGAAGAGGUGCCAGGCAUCUGUGCAUAAGAGCGAUGACCGCUGGGCGGACUGGGAGAGAGAGGAGUCUAACGGGUAUCUGCCUGUGUCUGAGUUGGGUCUCCACUUUGAACUAGACGAGAUCGAGGCGUACAAGCUAGCUUGACAGAGGGAGGCAGGGGGGAUGGAGGAGAGGGGCAUACUCUGACUCCAAUGAGUGCACGCAAUCGAACUCAUCUGGUGAAUGUCCAUAUAUCGAAG